UUCUCAUGAGCACAAACCACAAAUCCACAAUAUAAAUUUUGUUUACGUUUAUCAUAAUAAACAAGAUCAAGUUUUUUGGCACGCAAUAUUGCCAUUACUUACCUGAAGGCUACCGAAGAGAUGACUGAGGAAGAUAAAGGCACUACGUGUAUUCACUCCGCAGCAUUUCACUUUAAUACAAUUUGUAAUUCAGACUUAUUCAGUGACACUUGGACAUGAAAGGUGAAAGCUGAAAAUAAGGAAAUCAUGAAAUGAAUCAGGUUUAGAAUUUAUCUCAAGUCGUGUUGUGAUCUUUGCAGCAGUUGAAUGCGUAUAAAAGCGUUUGGCAGACGUUUCACGAAUGUAUAAUAAUAAUAUAUGCAAUCGCCAUGGAAUGUUUGUCAAAAUUCACUGGACUUUACCAAAUUACGGAAUAAUCAUUUCCUUCACAACUUGGAGGAAGUCAAGGAUAAAAAGCCAGGUUUUCUUAACGAAUGCGUUAAACGAACAGUAGAAUAUAUACGACGUCAGGGAACAUUGCACAGCAGGCGUCAUGGUUGAACAUAAUUUGUCUUCAGUUAUUGCUUCAGUUGUGUGUGAGGAAACUGAUCUUCCUCGACGGUCUUUUGGACUUGCAUAUGUCUUCAUAAGUAUUUUUCACGUGAAAUAAUAUUUCGUAUGAUUAUAUCGAUCUCCAUGAUUCCGAUUGUAGUUGGAAACCCAGAAUGCGCUAUCCUUGUUUCACAAAAAGGCAAUCAGGAUGCUGCGCUGUAGAUAACCUGGAGGAAACGAGCGUAGCGCUGAACAAUAAUAAUCCAAGACCUGUCUUUGCCAUUGUUCCAAGAAUGUAUGCAGAAUUUUUCACGAAGCACGUGGAACUAAGAGAGUUUCCGUUAGCUUUGAAGAGUAUUGUUGUGAUGGAAGAGCUCGUUCAAUGUAAGGGUCGAAAUUAAAAAAAAAAGAAAAAAAUUCCAAGAGUUUUUACUGGAUCAUGUCUUCUAUGAACAAGGCAUAUAUAGAAGCAACCGUUCGAACUGGGUCAAAUGUCAGUGUCCAAAUCAAGUUUCAAGAUGAAAAUUUUGUCCAUAUUACUUCUGUUUUUCGCGAUCAGCAGUAUCGAUGGAGCCACUUGGUCGGUUGUACCAGGAAGACUGAUGCAAGUUGAUGUUAGUCCAGUGGAUGAUGAGGUCUGGGGGGUAAGUUCUGGACACCAAAUAUGGCACUAUCGUCAUUCUCAAGAAAACUGGCAACGAAUUCCAGGAUUAUUAAAUCAUGUCUCCGUUGGUGAAGCAGGAGUCUGGGGAGUAAAUAAAGAUAAUCACAUCUUCUAUCGUAAAGACUACGAAUCAGUAGAGAACUCAGCGGGUGUUGGUUGGGUACGAGCGAGUGGUUUGCUAAAACAGAUUGAUUCAGGACCGCGGGGAAUUGUAUAUGGUGUGAAUUCCAACAACGACAUCUUUUGCAGGACAGGAAUAUCACAUGCUCUACCUUUUGGCAACUCUUGGAGGCAUGUUGUGGGAAAGCUGAAGUAUAUAAGCUGUGGUAAUUUGGGAUGUUGGGGGGUGAACAGUAACGAUGAUAUUUUUAUCAGACAUGGAGUUACAGCUGCAAACUGCGCAGGUUCAUCAUGGCAGCAUAUUCCUGGGAAACUGAAGCAAAUUGAGGUUGGCGCGAAUGGAGUUGUUCUUGGAGUCAAUUCUGGAAACAACCUCUAUCGUCGAUUGGGUAUUACAGCAGCUGACCCAGAUGGAACAGGCUGGCAACUUAUUGGUAGUGCAUAUAAACAUGUUUCACCCGGUAAAAAUACUGCAUGGGGUAUAACCCAUGGGGAUUACAUACUCUAUACGAAUGUGGUCGCCCCAAGAUGGACGUUGAUUCCUAACCGUAAUUUGGACCAACUGGACGUCAAUCAUUUUGGAGUUGUUUGGGGGGUGAACAGUGCACAUUUAAUUUUCAAUGGUCCUGAUACUUGGCGCAGCAUUCCUGGUCUGCUGAAACAUGUUUCAGUUGGAAAUGCAGGAGUGUGGGGAGUAAAUAGCAAUAACCAUAUCUUUUAUCGCGAGGGUGUCACAUCAAGUAAUCUUGCAGGAACAUCUUGGUCCCACGUACCUGGUGGCUUGAAACAAAUUGACUCUGGACCAACAGGAAUUGUGUAUGGUGUUAACAAUGGUGGUCAUAUAUACUGUCGAGUUGGUAUAACUAGCGAUAAUCUCAAAGGUUCCAGUUGGGUAGAGGUGGGUGGACGAUUGGAGUAUGUUGCAUGCGGUCCUUAUGGAUGUUGGGGAGUGAAUUCGAAUUAUCACAUCUGGGUUCGAACUGGAAUGACUGCCGACAGGUGUCAGGGUUUCAAGUGGACUCGAAUUCCUGGACUGUUGAGUCAGGUUGAGGUGAGCAGCGAGGGUCAUGUGUAUGGAGUUAAUAGUGCGAAGAUAAUGUACGUUCGUCUUGGUAUUACGCCAAGUCGUCCAUUGGGAACGCAUUGGAAGCAAUUCAUUGCACCACCAUCCAUAAAUCACGUGGCAUCUGGGCCUUUAGACAUUUAUUCCAUUGAUCAAAACGACAAGAUUUAUCACUUUACUGGUUUACGAUUCCCAGAGGAACGAUACGCCAUACUUCUAACGGACAAAUUCCCGAAGGGAGGAAUUGGCAAAAUUACAGUCACGUUAGAUCAUCCAGAUGUGAGAUACAGUUUAACCGAUUGCUCGUCCCCUGUGUGGAUUCAUCCAAGCACCGGCGAACUAAGCACAUCAGUAGAUGUUGAUGAGACAAAUGUGCAUCUGGUAAAUAACUCAAGGUUUUCUGUCAAAGCAACGAUAGCGUCUGAGGAGGUUGUUGUUGCAGUUGUCAUUUAUGUGCUUCCACUUUAUCAUGGUGAUGCUCUGUUAUUGCCUGCAUUGCAAGCUGUGCGGACAGGUCAAACAACUGCUCAAUCUAUCACCCUAAACUACGGUCCUACAGCUGAGAUAACACCACAGCUACUGGACAGAUCGCUGAAACAAAUACCAGCUGAUGAUCCGAUUGCUGGUAAUGCUGUAGAGGCAACAACACAAGAAAGAACAGUACAACUGGUGGAAGUGAUAAUUAUAGGAUCAUUUGAAAACGAGUAUGGCAGAGGAGCAGUUCAGGCUUUUUUCCAUCUGCAAGACCUGUUCUCCCCAACCUAUUUACAACAUUUGAUCGCCCAAUCGGGUUGUCAUGCAACAAACGAGGUCAUAGACUGCCCAGCAGAUGCUAAAUAUAGGCGAAGUGAUGGAAGAUGCAGUAAUCUUAGGUUUCCCCAGGCUGGCGGAGCAGACACGCCUUACGUAAGACUAUUAGAAGCGAUAUACUAUGAUCCGGAUGGCUUGAAUGACCCUAUCGGCUUCCCUGGACAAAUAAAUGCUCCAAACAUUCCUUCGCCAUAUGCAGUGAGCAGAGAUUUCAUCAGAGACGAAGUAGCCUCGUCUGCUGACCCAAGUCUGACCCAAGCUGUGAUGCAAAUGGGACAAUUUCUUGACCAUGAUUUGGAUCUCUCAGCCGGGGGGGAAGGAAGCACAGCUUGCAACGCAAUACCAUGUGACGGAUCUGCCGCCGAUUUUGCAUCGCCUUGCUACCCAAUACUCCCGUUAGCCCACGGUCAACCUCCGUGCACACGAUUUGUGAGAUCUUCUGCAAUGUGCCACAACUACUCGGUAGAUACGAAAAGAGAGCAAGUUAACAUCAUAACAGCAGUCAUUGAUGGCAAUAAUGUCUACGGUUCGUCAGAAAACACAACUCUCCGCCUAAGAGAUUUGGAAAACGACGUUGGACUGAUGCGUGUAUCUCUGCGCGAUGGGCAAGAGUACUUGCCUGAUAAUCCCAAUGACCCAAUAUGUAUUGAAGGAUGCUUCGAGGCUGGUGAUCUGCGAGCCAAUGAACAGCAAGGAUUGACGUCAUUCCAUACUCUGUUUCUGAGAGAGCACAACCGCAUUGCAAGAAAGCUUAAACAAUUGAACAAUCACUGGAGUGGCGAAAUUAUUUUCCAGGAAGCGAGGAAAAUCGUUGGAGCUAUUAUACAAAAGAUUGUAUAUCAAGAUUAUUUGCCGAUUAUUCUUGGUCCAGACGCGCUUCCUGCGUAUACUGGACACGAUGAUAGUGUUAAACCAGACAUAUCCAACGCCUUUGCCUCUGCUGCGUAUAGAUUUGGACACAGUACCAUCCGUUCAAGAUUUGAACUCCUGGACAAAUAUUUUGAGCCAAUCCUUCCGGCUGUAAAACUUCGUUUUUUGUUCUUCAAUAAUACAAUCACGAGAACCUUGGGGAUCGAACCAAUAUUGCUGGGGCUUGUCGGAAAUGGUUCAGAAAAAGUUGACGUACACUUGACACCAGAGAUCACGGAACAUUUGUUUGAACGUGGAAACGAGCACGGAGAGAACCUUGCAGCGCUGAAUCUACAGAGGUCCCGAGACCAUGGUCUCCCUGGUUACAAUGCAUUCAGAAAAUACUGCGGACUUCCGAGUGCAAGUAAUUUUGAUGAAACGAGUAAUGAAAUUACGGACAAAAACAACAGAGAUAUUUUGAAGCGGUUGUACGGCGAUCCAAAUUUAGUGGAUCUGUGGUUAGCCGGUAUCGCCGAGGCCCCAGUCCCAGGAGCAACCGUAGGUCCAACAUUGCGAUGCAUCAUACGCGAGCAGUUCCUACGUUCUAGAGAUGGUGACCGUUUCUACUAUGCAAAUGACGGUGUUUUCACAGCAGAGCAACUUGUUCAGAUCAGAAGAGCCAGCUUGUCUCGACUGUAUUGUGAUAAUGUUGCUGGUAUCGUGUCUAUUCAAAAAGAUGCAUUUAGAUCACCACAAGACGAAACUCCUCGAGUGGAGUGCGGUUCAAUCAAAAGAAUUUCACUUUGCAAGUGGAAAGAAUGUGACAAUGGCGCUAGCCCAACACGGCAGAAUGGUGAGUGUGUUUGCAUCUAGAUGAAAGACUUUCUCAAAGAAUGAUCCAGGAACAUAUGUAAGACAUUACUUUUUAAAGCAUUUUCUAUAAUCAAGUAAUUUCUAGUGCAAUAUUUGUUAGAUAGGUUUUUAAACUCAAUGAAAACGGAAUUGUUAACAGUUAACCAUUCUCUUUUACUGUAAUUUUAAAUAUUUUUUGCAGUUAUAAUCAAGUGUAUUUCUAUAUAUCAACGAUUUGUGUAAUAAUUGUAGUUAGUCGACUGUAAGGCACUUUAGUAAUGUAUAUAUUCUAAAAUAUAUAUCAACUAAGAUUGUGACUCUUAAUUAUAUUCAGUUACCAAAUCAG